GCGCGUCACGUGCAUGAUCAGCUGGUCAGCGACACAUCCGCCUGACUCGCGCGAGUGUUUACAUGCAGACUGGCAGAAGCAGAAUGGGGGUACUCUUAUAAAACUUUUCAGGACAUGCAGCACCCAAACUUUGAGACAAGGCACCCUCUGCAGGCGGAGGAGCAGGAGACAGGAUAUGACCCGCUGCAGAACUUCAACAGGAACCGCGGAGGAUCACUGGACAGUGGGUCAACACCAGAAUCUACAUUCCUCUCGUACAGGAAAGAGUGGGAUGAAUUGUUCCAGAACAGCAACUACCUGCCGCGCAUCAGGCAAGCAGGCAUAAAUGGCCGAUUGCGGAGCAGCCGAUUCCGGAGUGUGUGCUGGAAGCUGUACCUGGACGUGCUUCCAGAAGAUAAGACUCAGUGGAUCAACAAGACCAAGGAGCUCCGAGACCAGUAUGAGAAAAUCAAAGAGAUGCACAUCACAAACCCACGGAAAGCUGCUGGCCAACAGGACCUGGUAGUGAACAACCCUCUUUCCCAGGAUGAGGGGAGCUUGUGGAAUAAGUUCUUUCAAGACAAGGAGCUCCGGAGUAUGAUCAAACAAGACGUCAUGAGAACGUUCCCAGAGAUGAGGUAUUUCCAGGAGGAAGAUGUGAGGACAAAACUCACUGACAUUCUCUUCUGUUACGCCCGAGAGAACCAGCAGCUGCUCUACAAACAGGGCAUGCACGAGCUGUUGGCUCCCAUAGUGUUUGUGCUGCACUGUGAUCACCAGGCCUUCCAGCACGCCAGUGAAACCGCCAAUCCCAGUGAAGAGAUGAAGGAACUGUUGAAUCCCAUUUUCCAUGAACAUGAUGCCUAUGCUAUGUUCUCCCAGCUGAUGGAGACGGCAGAACCUUGGUUCUCCAGCUAUGAACGGGAGGUCAGGAAGGGUAAAGAGGAGAUGAUGACCAGCAUGCCCUUUGCCCGACCGCAGGAUGCUGGCCCGUCGGUUGCUGUAGUUACCAAAGUGAACCGCAUUCAGGAGCAGCUGGUAAAGAAGCAUGAUAUCGAGCUACACAUGCACCUCAAUCGCUUGGAGAUUGCACCGCAGAUCUACGGCAUUCGCUGGGUGCGUCUGCUGUUUGGAAGAGAGUUCCCGCUGCAGGAUCUGUUGGUGGUGUGGGAUGCUCUGUUUGCAGACAGCAUCACUCUGGACCUGGUGGACUACGUGUUUGUAGCCAUGCUGCUGUACAUUAGAGAUGCAUUGAUUGCCAGUAACUUCCAGACGUGUCUGGGCCUUCUGAUGCACUACCCCCCAGUUGGAGAUAUCCAUUCCCUGCUGCAGAAGUCACUGUUCCUUAGAGACCCAAAGAAUAAUCCUCGGCCGGUAAACUAUCAGUUCCAGCAGAACCUGGAUUAUUACAAAACCCGUGGUGCGGACCUGGUCAACAAGACACGUAGUGCAAGUACUAAAGCGCCCCCCCUCAACAUAAACAAGGUCUCCAGCUCUUUGCUGAGUUUUGGCCGUAAGCUCAUCGCCCCGGCGAUUUCAGGCGGAGCUACCACCGGCAUCUCGCCAAUCAACAGUGAGGUACUGUCGGCCACGCCCAUCCCAGCAGCCACCCGCCAGUCAGCAGAGCCAGCCAGCGCAGGCCCCACCCCCUCACACUCGGCCGUGUCGCACACACAGACGCAGUCGCACCGACUACUCAAGUCUGAGAGCAUGCCUGUGCAGCUGAGCAAAGAUGUAGGCUCUAGUGGGUCUCAGGUGUCUCUCCCUGCCCAGAUUCUUUCUGAUACCCCAGGCUACUCCUCCAGAACAGUUAGCUCCUCCCCCAGUAUUGAGAGUCUGUCUAGUGGGCGUGAUCAUGCAAUGUCGUCCCCGCCCCUUCCUGCAUCCAGGGGGCGGGACUCCAGCACGUCGUCUCCUCCCCUCUCGGCCACUAAGAAGGACUCGUUCUUCAACAUCAGCCGCUCGCGAUCCCACAGCAAGACCAUGGGCAAGAGGGAUACGGUCAGUCAACCACAGCUGUGUGUGGGCAAGAGGGAUACGGAGGAGCUGGAGAACCAGGUGUCAUUACUGCAGGGUCAGAUUAAUGACCUGGAGGCCAUGAGCAAAUACUGUGCCAAGAUGAUGAAUGUGCACAUCGGCAAAAUCCAGGAAGUGAUUUUGCAGGAGCAUCUGCAGAAAGAGGAUGAGGUUUUGGUGUCACUGGCUGGACUAAAGCAGAUAAAGGAUAUCCUCAAGGGGGCGCUCCGCUUCAACCAGAGUCAGCUGGAGGCAGAGGAGAAUGAGGAAAUCACCAUUGCAGAUGAUCACUACUGCUCCACUGGUGCCCACGCACACACACACACACACACUCACACACACCCUCACGCACCUCAGCAGAAGCCAAUGGAGCAGGAACUGGAAACUCGCCAGCUCACAAACGCUGAAAGGGGAACACCUCCAACGAUACCCCAACAGCAGGCUCCAGAGAGUCGUAACUGGGACGACUACAUCCUGGUUUCCCAGGACGGCGAGGGCGACGGUGAUGCAGACCGCGAGGGCGAGGGGGAGCUUCCUCCGGCCGAGGCUCAGCCCACACCCGUCAAGCCCCCCUUCCACGACCCCCUGACCUUAACCACUUCAGGGUCGUCCAGCCCAGAGGAGGGCAGCACCAACAGCAAAGACUCCGACUUCACCAUCGUCAACCCUGCCGACCUCUAACCUCUGAACCUGCCCAGGCAGCAGCCAGAUCUGGCCCUGAUCUGGCUCAGAGCUGUGCCACCGCCGGCUGCUGUCUGGGAUGCGGCCCUUAGCCCCUGUCUGUAUCAUAUACUGUACCAUAAGCCCAGUCCCCUGUCCUGUCCUCAGAAUGGAGCAGAGCAGAACAGCGCGUUUCCCUCUCUGGCCACUAGGUGCUGCUGCUGUGCGAGUGAACAAAAAGCUGCUCCACUCUGUCUAUGGGCAGUACGCUUUAUUCCAGAUGCUCUGUAGACGCGUCUAACAUCCUCUCCUCUCUCCUCUCUCCUCCUACUCCUCCCUCCCUCCCCUUUUCUCUCUCUCUAGCUCGCUAUAAAUAAUUGUACGACUGUAAUUAAAUGUUUAUCUGUCGGUUGAAGGAGUCUUCAUUCCGAUGCUAAUUCAGUAUAUACUAUAGAUAUGCCAUCAGCCCCUUGUCUCCUUCAACAUUGUCCUACACACACACACACACACACACACACACACACACACCCCACCCAUUGUGAUUGGCUCAGUGCCUGGAUGAUACUUAGAUCUGUGAUAAUUUUUUUUUGUUUUGUUUUGUUAUUGUUACUUUUUUUUUAAUAAAACCCUUUAUUUUAACUUUUUGAUUACCAUCCAGAAAAAAAUAUUUAAUUAUUUAAAAACUCAGCACAUUUUUUUUUCAUUGUAUUUUUUUUGUUGUUGAUAAUAUGACUUCUUUUUUACAUUUUAUGUAGAUGUCAUUUACAGUACCUUCUUGUCCUGAGUUACUGUCCUAUCGAUUCCUGUUGUUACCAUGGUUACCAUGUCUUCGCCAAUUUGGGGAAGUGACAUAACCUCCCCCCCCCACACACACACACACUCCCCUUCCCUGUGCUGGAAUCUUAUCAAAUACAGAUCAAUAAAGGCUCAUACCUACA